UCUUAAUCAUGGAUUGUGUUGUUUGUGAACAUCAGUGAAGCUCGACUUCAGUUCAGAAUGAAGACCCUCCUCAUCAUCACCUUCUACCUGAUGUCAGGUCCAGUGCACUGUGAUGAUGUGAUCGGUUACCCUGGAGGUCGUGUCAAAAUUGACUUCAAAAAGGCAGUCAAUCCCAGGUCGACUGUGUAUUUUUGCAAAAUGAAAACAGUGUGUGAAGAUUUAAUAACAGCUCGGGCCACAGUCAGCGUGCUUCAUAAGGACAGAUUUACUCUGUUUAAGACUGAUGGAUUCAUUACACUGAUAUUCAGAAGUCUGAGUUUACAGGAUACAGGACUGUAUCGGUAUGGAGAGAUUGGAGUGUGGAGUGAAAACAUUGACCUGAAAGUGAAAAGUGAUCCAUGCUGUAGUGAGACAAAAUCAGUAACCGGAUAUCUGGGAGAGAGUGUGAUGAUCAGCUGCUCCUAUCCAACAGAGUUUGAAACAAAUGUCAAGUCCUUUUUCAAAUUGGAUGAUUACGCUGGAACUGAAGUGAUCUUCAUCAGGGCAAAAGAAGCGUAUCAGAACGGCAGAUUCUCCAUUUCUGAUGACGGGAGGAGUAGCGUUUUCAGUGUGAUCAUCAGUGAUGUGAGAGAAGAUGAUGGAGGAGUUUAUUCCUGUGCAUUUCGUAUUGAAGGGACUGCAGUCCGUUAUCACUCGCUCUUCACAGAAAUUCAGCUCCAAGUUACUGAUUCAGCCUCAGGGGGACCUUCGCCCUACCAAACCACUGAACCCCUCUUUGGAGAAGGAGGUUUAGCACAAGCUCCCGUACUCAUCUUCAUCAUCAGUGUGUGUGUGACUGUGCUACUGAUGGGAGGAUUUUUACUCGUCUGCCAGUUGAGAAGCAACAAGACACAAGAUUCUACAUUUGUAAGUCAGCAGACAGAAACAAAUACCAUGACUGCUGAUUGUGAAAAUGAUCCACCUCAGAGUCAGAACAGCAUAAUGCAUCUGGACUACCAAAACCUAAACCCCAACACCAAUCAAUCAGAUUCAGUCUACCAGACCCUCGACCCCAACACCAACCAAUCAGAUUCAGUCUAUCAGACCCUAAACCCCAACACCAACCAGGCAGAUUCAGUCUACCUGAACCUAGACCCCAACCAAUCAGAUUCAGUCUAUCAGACCCUCGACCCCAACACCAACCAAUCAGAUUCAGUAUAUCAGACCCUAAACCCCAACACCAAUCAAUCAGAUUCAGUCUACCAGACCCUAGACCCUAACACCAAGCAAUCAAAUUCAGUCUACCAGACCCUAAAUCCCACCAUCAGUCAGAUUCAAUCUACCAGAGUGUAGGCCCCAACACCAACUCAACAUAUUCAAUCUCCCAGUGCCUAACUUCCAAAACCAACAAAUAUGAUCAAGUUUAGUAGAGCCCAGACAACUGGACUCAGUUUAUUGCAACUGAAACUGAUUUCCAGUUCAUUAGAUUCAGUCCACUCUAAUUGUAGCCCUCUUUCUGCAAAGCUUCAUAUGCUGAUAAUCUGAAUGAGAACUCAGUAAAAAUAAUUCACAUUCACAAAAACUUUUAACAAUUAAGACAGAAAAUGGCAGCUACGUAAACCUUGGUAUCCAGUUACAAUCAAAAUCUGUGCACAUGUUCAGCACAGAUCCAAGGACGUGAAUUCAACUCGGUUGGCUCUGAAUUUUGUAUUCACCAGCCAUUCAGCCCAGAUACUAGCUGUCCAAAGAUAACUCAUUUUCAAAGCAUAUUUCUUGUGCAUUUAUUCACUUUUUUUUUCGAAACUGGGUAGUGAGUACACAGUCUGUAUAAUAUACUGUACUAAGACAUGAGAAGACAGGAAAUGAGUCAAAGCAAUAUAUCUGCUUUACUAAUGCAGUUUAUGGGAAAAUCUUGAAGUGGAUUUUUAUAUUCGACUCAUCGUUUCCUUAACCAAGAAUAGAUCAGUGUUAUGGUUUUCAGGCCCAUCACUGACGCACUUUCAUAGAACACGAAACCAAUUACAUAUUUUAUUGUAGAUUUCCUCCCACUGGUCAUUUACCAACUCCCCCACUAGCUAGCUCUUCCCCAUCACACAACAGCGACCAACUCUGAAUGGUGAAGGUGACCUUGUGCUUCCUCCAGGACAUGUGAAGCCACUGCACCUUUUCCAGCCCCUGCUCAUGCUCCAUCACAGAGCAGCUGAACAGCUCAUAUAUCCCUGAACACAAAGAUACACACAACUGGUCAGAGUCAACCUGUCAGAGAAGGGAGUAACACCAUCCCUCCCACUCACACAGCACAGCCAGUUCUGUUCUCCUGAAAGUCUGGCCACCGAUGGCUGUGGCAGCAACAUGAAUUAGAUAGGAGAUCGCUUGAUAACACAUUUUGUAACAAGUUUCCUGCUGAGCGAUAUUGUGCAUUUUAAUUGUGAAAUGUGUUUGGAUAUAAAGCCGACUAUUCAUGUGUAGCAUCUGUAUGAACUUUUUUUGCUUUUUUAA